AAACCGUUUACCGAAAUCUCUCUCUCUCUCUCUCUCUCCCCGGAAACCACCCUUCCUCCCUCCAAAAUCCCCAAUCCCCAACGUCCUUCAAAGUUCAAACCCUAAAAUUUCCCCCAAAACCCUAACCCUAAUUUUAGCCUCCAAUGGCGUCCCCAUCGAGCUCGGAUAGCAACGCCGACGACGACCCUCUCUCCGGCUACAAGCUCUGCGGCUNCCUCGGCGCUGUCCUCUACAUCUGUCAUCCACAACCCCUAGCUCCGUUAACGUCCUGCAAUCUCUUCAGCGAUGGCCCCAAUGUAUUCGGGUUCCGAUCCGAAUCCGGAACCCUACUCCUCCCAAUUCAACCCCAAAACCCUAAAUCAGCGCCCGAGGAUGCCUCGGCAGCGAAUUCUCCAUCGUUUUCCAAGAGGAAGAGGAGGGCAGGGCUUGUGCCCGUCAAUGGGAGCGUCAGCAUUGUCCAUCAGAUCCAUGCGUUGGUGUCUGCUGGGUGUUUGAAGAUCAAAGCUAGGGUUUUGGGGGUUUCUGUGAGGGAGGAGGCGAGGGCGGUGGUGUUGGUUGAUGUUUAUUUGCCGAUCGAGGUUUGGUCCGGGUGGCAGUUCCCGAAGCGGGGGGCUCUUGCUGCUUCCGUGUUCAAGCACGUCAGGUGUGACUGGGAAACUCGAAGUUCACUGCUUGUGCUAGAUGAGAAUACUGACACUUAUCUUCAAAUGCACGAUGAGAGCAUCUGGGGCUGUUCUGAUUGUCAUGUUCUUGGGUGCAUGAUGCAUAAUAUUUCUUCUGGUACUGGCCUCUGGGACAUUGCUGAUGAUGUACUGACAAAGAUUUUGGGUACACUUCGUUCAAAUGAUCUCAUUAGGGUUGCAUGCACUUGUCGUCAUCUGAGAGGCUUAGCUUCAUCUGUAAUUCCAUGUAUGAACGUUAAACUUUUCCCUCACCAGGAGGCUGCAGUUGACUGGAUGUUGAGACGCGAGCACAGUGCUGAGGUGCUGCCACAUCCUUUAUAUAUGAGUUUUUCAACAGAAGAAGGAUUUUCCUUAUACAUAAAUGCUGUUUCAGGUGAAAUAUCUACCGGUGUGGAUCCUACGGUAAAUGAUUUUCGUGGUGGAAUGUUCUGUGAUGAGCCUGGUCUAGGGAAGACAGUAACAACACUCUCUCUUAUUCUAAAAACACAUGGAACUUUGGCUGAUCCUCCUCAAGGAGUAGAUGUGGUAUGGUGCAUGCAUGAGUCUGAAAGGAGAUGUGGUUACUAUGAACUUAGUGCUGAUAAUUUUACUUCCAUGAACUUUAUGUCAACUUGGAAAAGAUUUAUUGGUCAGAAUGGGCGGAGGGGGAAAUUCUGUUCUAGUAACUUGCCUCUGAAAUGCAGUUCGAUUGAAGUUCCAGAAUCCAGUUCAGGAAGACAUAGCAAAUCAAUGUCUCCUAAAUUCACAGACUCUCUAGCUUAUUCUGUCGUGAACUCGGGUGAUUCAACCUGUGGAAGUGCACCUCUCAUGCAAGCAACACGUAUUCUUAGAUGCACCCGAAGCUUGAGUCGAAUUAAGAGAAACCUUUUGGAGACAUAUGAAAAAGAUGGAGGUUGGGAAGGGAAAAGAAAAGCUGCAGCUCUGAAUGAUUCGAAGAUUGAAUCAGAGGAAAUUAGUGCCAUCUCGCUAGUAUCUAUCAACAGUCACAAAAGGAACAGGAAGGAUGAUGCUGGUUCUUCUCAGUCUACUGAGACUUGGGUACAAUGUGAUGCUUGUAGCAAGUGGCGUAAACUGAAUGAGAGGAGUUUACCUGAUGCUAGUGCUGCAUGGUUUUGUAGUAUGAACACUGAUCCUUUACAUCGGAGUUGUGCAGAUCCAGAGGAGACCUGGAACUACAAACGGAAAAUAACACAUUUUCCAGGAUUUUAUACCAAAGGGACACCCCAAGAAGAGGAACAAAAUGUGUCAUUCUUUACUAGUGUGCUCAAGGAGCAUUCUAUGUUGUUAAAUUCUCAAACAAUGAAGGCGUUAACUUGGCUGGCAAACCUUUCACACAACAAACUUCGAGAGAUGGAAACUGUUGGCUUAAGACGUCCUGCAUUUCAAGACGCUCAGAUGCUCUCGGGCAAAAAUGCCCCCGGAUAUCAUAAGAUAUUUCGUGCAUUUGGUCUUGUAAGAAAGGUUGAAAGAGGUACAACCAGGUGGUUUUAUCCAUCCACCCUUGAUAAUUUGGCAUUUGAUUUAACUGCCCUAAAAAUCGCUCUUACAAAACCGGUGGACUUAGUCAGGCUUUAUUUAUCUGGCGCAACGCUCAUCAUCGUCCCUGCAAAUUUGAUUGAUCACUGGAAAACCCAAAUUCAGAUGCAUGUCAGGCCUGGCCAGCUGCGUGUUUAUGUCUGGACUGAUAACAAAAAGCCUUCUGCACAUAAUCUGGCAUGGGAUUAUGAUGUCGUUAUAACUACAUUCAGCCGAUUAAGUGCAGAAUGGUCAUUGCAUAAGAGGAGCAUACUAAUGCAAGUACACUGGCUUAGAAUAGUCUUAGAUGAAGGUCACACACUUGGCUCUAGUGUUAACUUGACUAACAAAUUGCAAAUGGCUAUUGCACUUGCUGCAACGAAUAGGUGGAUUUUAACUGGUACACCAACUCCAGAUACACCAACCAGCCAUGUGGGUCAUCUUCAACCUAUGCUUAAGUUUCUCCAUGAAGAAGCUUAUGGCCAGAGUCAGGAAUCAUGGGAGGUUGGCAUCCUUAGACCUUUUGAAUCUCUGAUGGAAGAGGGACGAUCUCGUUUACUGUUCCUACUUCAGAGAAUCAUGAUUAGCGCGAGGAAAGAGGAUUUGAGAAAUAUUCCUCCUUGCAUAAAGAAAGCAAUUUAUCUACAUUUUAAUGAGGAGCAUGCAAGGAGUUACAAUGAACUAGCUGUUACUGUUCGUCGCAAUAUUUUGAUGGCUGACUGGAAUGAUCCAUCUCAUGUUGAAUCACUUCUCAAUCCUAAACAGUGGAAAUUCCGUGGUAACACAAUCAGGAAUGUUAGAUUGUCUUGUUGUGUGGCUGGGCAUAUCAAUGUAAAAGAUGCUGGUCAGGAUAUUCAGGAAACAAUGGAUUUAUUGGUACAACAAGGCCUAGACCCUCACUCAGAAGAAUAUGUUUUCAUAGAGUAUUCACUUCUACAUGGGUGCAGCUGUUUCAGGUGCAAAGUUUGGUGCCGUUUACCUGUUAUUACCCCAUGUAGGCAUCUCUUGUGCCUAGACUGUGUUGCUUUAGAUAGUGAGAAAUGCACUUUCCCUGGUUGUGGCAACCAUUAUGUCAUGCAGUCUCCUGAAGCAUUAGCACGGCCAGAAAAUCCAAAUCCAAAGUGGCCUGUUCCCAAAGAUCUUAUUGAGCUGCAACCUUCAUAUGAACAGGAUGACUGGGAUCCUGACUGGCAAUCAACAAAAAGCAGCAAAGUUGCAUACUUGAUAGAGAGAUUGAAGGAUUUGCAAGAAUCCAGCAGGAGAAUUCACUACUUAGAGAGCAUCCACAGUAGAGAAAUUAUUCUUCCCAUGCAAAAGAGCAAUUAUAGCAUGUUUGGGUGCCAGGAGAGUGAGAGCAGUCAUAAUGGUCCGCCUUGUAAGAUAUUGCCUGAGAAAGUGAUAAUUUUUUCUCAGUUUCUGGAGCAUAUACAUGUCAUUGAACAGCAGUUAACAAUUGCUGGCAUCAGAUAUGUGGGAAUGUACAGCCCGAUGCCUUCUAGUAAGAAGAUGAAGUCAUUACUGAUAUUUCAACAUGAUCCAAGUUGUAUGGUUCUUUUGAUGGAUGGAAGUGCAGCACUGGGCCUUGAUUUGAGUUUUGUUUCAUUUGUGUUUUUGAUGGAACCCAUAUGGGAUAGAAGCAUGGAGGAGCAGGUGAUUAGUCGUGCUCAUCGCAUGGGUGCUACUCGUCCUGUGUACGUGGAAACCUUGGCAAUGAGGGGUACCAUCGAAGAGCAAAUGCUGGAAUUUUUACAGGAUUCCACUUUGAGGAAGAAAGCCCUAAAACGAGAGGCUGAGAAGACUACCAAUGAAGGAUCAAAAGCACCCCGUACACUACAUGAUUUUGCUGAGAACAACUAUCUCUCCCAACUUACUUUUGUCCAUACUAAUACCGAGGCAUGAAAGGAAAGCUCUCAUCCAAAUCGUACGGUUCAGGCUGGGUCAUCAGUUAUUAGUUCCUUUGGGGAUUGCUGUUGUCAUCCUCUAUGUGCUCUUGCUCGUUUUCACACGGGAAAUACCUUUGCCCUGGUUUACAUUUUGUUGGCUUCAGGGGUUUGAGAAGAAACAAUUCUACAAGCAAAAAAGCAAUCUCAUUUUGCUGGGGAUAUUUACUGUAGCAUUAAUCUCAUUUUGCUGGGGAUAUUUACUGUAGCAUUAGCCCCAUUAUUUUUGUACAGACAUUAACCGAUCAGCGGCGAUUAUGAUUUAACAGGAUAAUUGCUCGUCGGUCCUC